ACAGGCACCAACAACGAUAACAACCACUACAACAGAGGCACCAAGUGAUACGGCCAUGAAUACAGAGGCGCCAACAACGACCACGACCACGACUACCACCACUACUACGACUACAGAGGCGCCAACCACGACGACCACCCGCGCACCGUCACGUCUUCGCGAAAUCGACGGCAGCCUCAGCAGCUCUGCGUGGGUGUGUGCCCCGCUGCUGCUCGGUGUAUCCGCGCUGGCGUACACCACUGUGGGCUGA